AUGAAUAGUGUGUUUAAGUGCAGACAGCAUAACUAAGUGGCCAUCUAUAUAAAUGUGAAACCUUAAGCUAAGGAACCAGUUCUCUUGUGUUAGAGAUGCAUUCUAUCAAAGAAUUACACAGCCAAGUUGCUGGAAGAAUUCUUAUUAUAAGCCUAGCCAAUUUUGGGAUAGUAUUUGUCUUAAGACAUCCUUGAUUUUGGUUUCAAUAAAAAGUAAUUCGAGGAUUCAAUAGAGAAAUUAAGAACAUUUUUAUACGAGACAUUUAAAACUAGGAUUAAUUCAUUCAUAUAAAAAUUAAAAUUUCAAUUCGAAGAAUAAAAGUAAAUACUUCAAUACAUUAAAAAUUAAAUUAUACAUUACUAAAAAUGUGGACAAAAUUAAACAUUUCUAUUGGAUGAUCAAAUCGAAGAUUAAUUAAGAUACUACUUAACAAAUCAAAAAUCUAAAAACCCUAAGCAAAAGUAAAUUGAUUACUUGUAUGGAUAACUGUGUUCAACUGCCACCUAACCUCCAUUCAUCAAUAUACCUCAGAUUCAAGAAGACUUCCAUGAAAUCUUAGAUUAAUUUGAAGACAAGAUUAAAUUGUCUAAAUAAUUAGAAUACCCCAAUUUUAAAAUAACCAUAUUCUCACCAGAAGAAGCUUAAAAUAUAGACAUAGACGAUUUCAACAUCUCUAAAACUCUAGUGCUGAAUAACUGUUACCCACAACUGACCACAUUAACAGAUUCCAUCGAGAAGGUCGAAUUGAUAUUAGAUAAACCGAUUGACUUAAUUGGUUUCAGUAAAUAUUAAUAGUUGAAGGAGUUGUUUAUACGAUUUGACAAAUGCAAUGUAGGAAUCACAAGACAAAUUAUGAUUCCCAACCUUCAGAAGUUGACCCUUGACUUGAAAGGCAAUAAAUUAACUAAAUUUGAUUAAUUAGUCAUUCCAGAUACCAUUGUAGACUUUUCAUUAGAUCUAUCAUUAAAUUGCUUAGAUGAAAACUGCAUUUAUUACAUUGGUUAAACUAUUGAUAAUUUGAAGUUGCAACGCUUGUCCCUGAACUUUAAUGGUUUUAGUUAGUAUCGAAAUAGCAUUUGGAGUACAGGAUUGAUUCAAUUGUGCAGAAAUCUCUUCUCUUAAUAGUUGAAAAUCUUGCAUUUGGGUUGUGGAAGAUGCAGCAUCAAUGAUGUCGGUCUUGAGUUCGGAAUCAUUAAAUUGUUAAGCAAGCAGAGACAGUUGGAAGAAUUAAGAUUGGAUUUGUAUUCUAAUGAGAUUACCAAUUUAGGGGAAUUGGCCAAAGCUGUUUCUUCACUGAAAGACGUCAAAGUAAAUGCCAAUCAAAAUCCGUUGUAAAACUAUUUGCAUCUUGAUCCACUCAUUUUUUCAACUUUAAACUUAUUAAAAAAAAUGAAUAAUCAUGAUAAUUAUAAAUUGCCUUCAUUAACCAAUUCAGAAUAAUCAAUUUAAAAUCAUUUCAAAUAAUACUCUCAGCCUGUAAGAGAGACAUGGUAUCAGAAAAAUUCAAUAGACAAUAAUUCUUCCAAUCAAAUUGACAUUAAUGAUCUGCCUAAUUUUGAGAUUACUUCCCCUGAAAAAUAAUAAUACCAAUCAUAGUUUGAUCACGAGUUUCCUCCUUUGGAUUGUUCAUUCAAGUAGGAGAAGCUGAGUUUUUAACCGAAAUAACAGGAACAAGAUCAAUAAUAUAAUAUAGAAUAUUCAUAUAAAAAGAACAGUAGCAAAGUUUCCGAAACAUAUUUUAAUGAUAAUUAGCCUUAAUAAUUGUUCAAAUAGGAAUCAUCACAAUUUUAUCAGAUUCAAGAUGAACCAAAACAGAGAUUUAACUUUUUGUAUUUAAAUUAAGAAUAAAUUUCUCCUUAAAAAAGUCGUUAAAUUAAUUAUGCUAAACCUUAGAAAGAAUUAACACCUGCACAUCAAAAAGCACAAAGUAAAUCAAAGUCCAAAACUCCUUAGAAAAAGCAAAACCCUUAGGAUUCCCAAAAUCUAAAAUACAUCAUAUUGGAAACCAAUGUUUCAUCAAAUAAAAAGAAAUUUAUCUGUCAAAAUCCUGCCCCUAGUUAUAUAAUCUUAGAUUUUACGGAUAAGGAAAAUCCAAAAUCAGUAUCCAAAUAAACAAUGUAAGUGUAACUUAGUUUGAAAGAUUUAAUGUAUUGA